CGGCUGGUGCAGACAAUGAUUUUUGCCAUUGAAGAAAUAAACCAGAAUAAGAAUCUCCUCCCGGGAAUAACACUCGGGUAUCAGAUCCACGAUGACUGCUCGUCCUCCGCGAUCGCCUCGAAAGCAGCGCUCGCACUGAUCAAUGGAGAAGGGGAAUCAAUUGAAUUUCCUCAGUGUAGAGGUUCUUCCAACGUCGCUGCCAUUGUUUGCUGCGAUAUAUCUACAAAUUCCAUCGUAACCGCAAGAACAAUGGGAUCCUUUGGGAUUCCGCUGAUUAGUCACUACUCCACCUGCUCCUGUCUCAGCGAUAAAAGAGAAUACCCCACCUUUUUUAGAACUAUCCCCGGCGACCAGUACCAGUCUAAGCUCCUCGCUGAACUGGUGAAAACCUUUGGCUGGACUUGGAUUGGAACUAUUAGAAGUAACACCGAUUACGGUAACUUCGGAAUGCAAGGAUUUGUGGAACAUGUGGAAAAGUUUGGCGUCUGCAUUGCCUACUCUGAGUCAUUUUACAGGACCGACUCGGCAGAGGAAAUCAGUAGAGUUGUCCAGGUGAUUAAGCAGGCCUCUACUAAGGUGGUAGUGGCCUUUGUUCACCCUGGUGAAAUGCGAAUUUUAUUGAAUGAGAUUUGGAGGCAAAAUGUAACCGGAAUACAAUGGAUUGGAAGUGAAUCCUGGGUGACAAGAAAUUUUCUCCCACCUGAAGAAAGAGCAAUUUACCUCACCGGGACAAUUGGUCCAGCCACGCAAAGGACAGAGAUAGAUGACCUCAGAGAUUAUCUUCAUAACGUCCAUCCUUCCAACUUUCCUGACAAUAUUUUGGUGAUGGAAUUUUGGGAAAACUUAUUCACCUGCUCCUUUAGGAUAGACAGCAGGGCAAUUCCGGAUAACUCUCGACAUCGAGUUCGGCAAUGCACUGGAACGGAACAGAUGGAAGGGAUAGAAAAUAGCUAUCUUCCUGCGGUAAUGGACGGAAGUUCGUACCACGUAUAUAAAGCGGUCUACUCCAUCGCUCACGCACUGCACGACAUGUUCACCUGUGUCGAAGGAGGCGGACCCUUUGUGAAUAAUUCAUGCGCGCAUGUUACAAAUUUCGAGCCUUGGCAGUUGCUACACUACCUCCGCGCCGUGAAUUUCACAGCGAAAGCGGGAGAAACCGUAUAUUUUGAUGAAAAUGGUGACCCGGUGCCAAGGUACGAAUUCGUGAACUUACAAACGAAUUUCAAGGGCAGCGUCGACAUUGUAAAUGUCGGAUAUUAUGACGGCUCGGCGCCGGCAGGGCACGAACUAACGCUGAAUGUCGAGAAAAUCAGGUGGAGCACGGCCGGAAAUAUGAUCCCACGUGCUGUUUGCUCAGAUCCCUGUCGUCCUGGAACAAGAAAAGUCACACUGAAAGGGCAGCCGAUAUGUUGUUUUAACUGUGCAGAGUGCGCCGAUGGUGAGAUCAGCAACGUCACUGAUGCCACGGAUUGCAACAAGUGUCCAUCUGAAUACUGGUCCAAUCAAUCAAAAACGCAAUGUGUUCUCAAGAAGGUUGAGUUUCUGUCUUUUGGAGAAGUCCUGGGUUUUGUAUUAGUGACCCUUGCUCUCGUUGGAGUGUGUUUUACAUUGGCCACUGCUGCAGUUUUCUACCGGUAUCGACACACUCCUAUGGUCAAAGCGAACAACUCCGAGCUCAGCUUCGUGCUCCUCUUCGGCCUCCUGCUUUGCUUCAUUUGCUCGCUCGCCUUCAUUGGAGAACCGUCCAGCUGGUCUUGCAUGUUGCGCCGCACAGCUUUCGGAGUUGUGUUCGUCCUCUGCAUUUCCUGCAUCUUAGGCAAAACGAUCCUUGUAGUGGUUGCCUUUAAAGCAACUCUACCCAACAGCAGCGUGAUGAAUUGGUUCGGACCGGCGCAGCAACGCUUGGGCGUAUUCGUCCUCACCUUUUUGCAAGGUAUAGUUUGCGUUGUCUGGUUAAGUGUGUCACCUCCGUACCCUCUGAAAAACAUGAGACAUUACAGAGACAUCAUUAUUCUGGAAUGUAACGUGGGCUCAUUGAUCGCCUUUUACUUUGUGUCGGCCUAUAUAGCUCUGUUGUCCAUUGUGUGUUUAGUGCUUGCUUUCCUUGCCAGAAAACUCCCGGACAGUUUUAAUGAUGCCAAAUUCAUCACUUUCAGCAUGCUGAUCUUUUGCGCUGUUUGGAUAACUUUUAUUCCAGCUUAUGUGAGCUCUCCAGGAAAGUACACCGUGGCUGUAGAAAUGUUCGCUAUCUGGGCAUCAAGCUUCGGUCUGCUCGUCUGUAUUUUUGCACCGAAAUGUUACAUUAUCUUACUGAAACCGGAGAGUAAUACAAAGAAAAAUAUAAUGACGAAAGAGACUUCAUUAUAA